AUGUGCCACACGAAGCUGCUCGAUAAUUACAUUGGUGGUACGAAUUUGAAAUCUGCAACGCAGGCCAUUUCUUCCAUCAAUAUAAAAUCUGGAGUUGGGCCGUGUGUUCGUGGACUCAUUAUAUGUUCCUGCGGAUCCACUGGGAGGGUCAAUCAAAGCGCCCAGUUAUUGAAGCUUAUUGUUGAAAGAGAUAUAUUCGAUUUCGUUCUCGCUUUUGCAGGCGUAUCCACCAUGGAUGUGGUCGUUGUGCCUGCAUUGAAUCGAUUUAUAGAGAACGUUUACAUAUACGACAUGAAGAUAUGGGACGCACUGGAGGAGUCAUUUGGGGAGGAUAGGCAUGCAAUGAAUCACUCGCCAGUGUUGCUCUCAUUUGCAGAUAUCAAGACCGACAUAAACGACAAACGACAAUGGGUGGUCGACACCAGGAUGUUGGCACUCUCGAAUCUGAGAGACGGCAGGCCUUGGGGACUCGAUAUCUUCCGAUGUUUCAAUGCUUCAUGCAAGGCACCUGCUUACAACAUAAUUUUCCAUCCGAGCGGCAAGCAAUAUUAUGGGAAUCAGUGGGUGCAAACGAAGAUCAAAUAUACGUGUCUUCAAUGCCAGACGGUUGUGAAGGACAUUUCUUGUCCGACUUGGGUUCAUGCAGCUAAGUCGUACAACUACGGACGCGUUUGGUACCAGUGGCCACUGACUGCGGAGCAACUACAAGAGAUUGGUGUCGCUUAA